AAAAAAUUUGUAACCCUAACAUUUGUCAUCCUCCUCCUCCCCAAAUUUUCAUUCCAACCCUUGAAGAAAACAAAAAAGUUGACUCCGUCGCUAAUAGUUCCCACCGUCGCUACCACCGGGCGGAAUUCCCCAUCCUCUUCAUCGAUUGCUGUUCCUCAAAUUUUCUGCAAUCAUCCACAGAUAAAUCAAAUCCAAACUUAAAUAAUCCAAAAUCUGUAUCAAAUACCUAAAAUUUACUUUCUAGAUCUGCGAUAAAUAACAUUUUUGAAGAUGAAAGUGUAAUCGCAAUCUAUACAAUCAAUUUGCAGGCGAACAGAGUUGACUGAGUUGGAGAUUUCGCGGCGAAUUUGGUUGUCAUUAAGGUGGAGCUGCUAAGUAGUGGGGAAAAUACUUGUCAACCUUUUAUAUAGAACCAAGUUCACGUAAUUAAAGGGAGAUAUCAUCAUUCACUGAUCCAAGAUUAUCGCGCUCUUUUAUGCCAAAUUUCUGAACUUCUCAACCAUGAAGAAACAAAAGCAGGUUAAGAAGACAGACUGGUUCAAUGACAUGCUUAAUGACGAUAAAAAAUACGCAAUCCCUGUCGGACCGCGGUUUCAGGCUGAAGUGCCAGAGUGGAAAGGGCCACCUCAACGAAAAUACCCUCACAAAUCUGUCGACCCGUCAAAAUGGUUAGGCACUGUAAUUUGGUCAAACAAAGAUACGACAACCAGAGAAACCGAAAAGGAUUUAAUUGGUAAAGGGAGACCUUCCCGUUGUGAUUGUCACAACCCGGGGUCUAUACUGUGCGUUAAGCGCCACAUCACUGAGAAAACAGCCUGUCUUCAGAAAGAACUGGGGCCCGCUUUUCAAAUUUGGAAGUUUGAUGAGAUGGGAGAAGUUGUCGCAAAGCGAUGGAAACAGUCCGAGCAGCAGAAGUUUAUGCGCAUUGUCAAAACGGAUAUGAUUUCAGGAGGUAACAACUUGAUAAGACUUGCAUUGGAAUCUUUUCCAGCAAAGUCAUAUAAUAUGAUAGUCAACUAUUACUUCAAUGUAUACGUUCCUAGAAAUAUAAGCAUCAAAAUGAGGUCAGGCUGUAAAUCCGUAGACACAGACGAUGAAGAAGAAGAAGAGAAAACGACUCCUUGUUCCAAAGGGUCACGAAAGAAGGCUCGUGUUGAUGGUGGCGGGCCCACUUGUAGAAAAUCGAAGGUCGGUUACUUAACUGGACGAAGAUAACUUUUAGUUCAGCUCUCAUGGCCAGUAAUGUUUUUCUUCCUUCUGUUUCUUUUAUAUAUUUCCCUACCAAAAUCAUAUUUGGGAAUUCAUAUAGAAGCAGUUUUCCCUAAGGUUCACAAAUUCCGCUUCAUAGUCUUGCUUGUUACAAACCCGAUGAUUAUGGUAAUAGAUGUGUUUCUCAGCUCGUAGGUAAGAUUGGUCAUGAAUCGGCCGCGAACUAUGCCUCAUAAUGCGAGAUGUAGGGUGUGUGCCAUGGAUAUAUUAUGAUUUUAUGCCUUUUUCAACUA